AUGAGUGAAAGAAUGUCUUUAUUAUACAACCUGGAAUCUGAUUAUGAUUCUGAUACUUCAGAUUAUGUUGCACCAAAAUUAGAAUUUGAACUUAAGGAAGUUGAGGAAAACGAUAGCGAAUUAAAUAAUGAAGAUAACAAAGAAAAAGUACAAGAAUCAAAUGGUUCAGAUAACGAAUUUGAAUUUCCUUUGUUUGCUACCAAUGAGACUGUUGUUGAAGAUCGAGGUCGAAGUAAAGAGCCCAAACCAUCAAUAAUAAAAGUUUCACUCCGGGAACAAUCUGAAGAAAGAAUCAACAAUGAGAGACCAGACUCCUUUUAUUUUGCCAAAUAUACAGACAAAGAAAGAGAACAAUUCCAACAAUGUGCAGUCACCAGUCAUGAUAUUUACAAACAGAUAUAUACCCUUGAUCUUCAACCAUGGAAGUGCCUAAAUUUAAAAGAACAUAAUGCACAAAUAGAGAACGAAAUUGCUAAACGAAGAGCCAAAUGUAGCAAGAACAGACCAGGUAAGAAGAAAAGACAAUUAAAGAUUGUGUGCCGCCAAAGAAGGUUAGAAAAAGCUAAGAUGAAAAAACUAGAGGAAGAAAAAUUGAAAAAAUUAAUGAAAAAACAGAAGUUUCAACAAAGGUUCAAUGGUAAGCCCAAUCAAAGACAAAGAAAAGGCCGAAAACCAUUGGAUGGGAAUAAAAAACAACCGUCUAAACCAAAAUAUAGAACUGAAUAG